CUUCCUUCGAACCACGAAUCCAUGAUUGCAGUUCAGUCAGCUUUAGCGGUUCCCGACCCACUCUCAGUCCCCUCAAAUGCACCAGAACAUUGUCCUGGUACGGAAUCCGAGUUCGCAGGCAAAGCUGAUGCCUGUCACGGCUGCGCCAACCAAGAAAUCUGCGCCUCAAACACACCAGCGGGCCCAGAUCCUGCCCUUCCGCUCAUCAAGCAGCGUAUGUCGACCGUUAAACGCAAGAUUCUCGUGUUAUCGGGCAAAGGAGGCGUAGGAAAAUCGACAUUUACAGCACAGUUAGGUUGGGCAUUUGCUGCCGACGAAUCGACUCAGACUGGGAUCAUGGAUGUGGAUAUCUGUGGUCCUUCGAUCCCUACCAUCCUUGGUAUAGCGUCCGAGCAAGUCCAUUCUUCUGCUUCCGGAUGGUCCCCAGUCUACGUUCAAGAUAAUCUAGGAGUCAUGUCUGUCGGUUUCAUGCUUCCCUCUUCACGGGACGCGGUAAUGUGGCGCGGCCCAAAGAAGAACGGUCUGAUAUCUCAGUUCCUCAAAGACGUUGACUGGGGUGAACUCGACUACCUGGUUUUUGACACACCUCCUGGAACAUCAGACGAACAUCUCAGUAUUGUUCAAUUUCUCAAAGAGAGCGGCAUAGAUGGGGCGGUAUUGAUCACAACGCCGCAGGAGGUCGCUCUGCAAGACGUUAGAAGGGAGAUCGACUUCUGCCGGAAGGUUGGGAUCAGAAUUCUUGGCUUGGUGGAGAACAUGUCCGGCUUUGUCUGUCCCAACUGUAAGAAUGAGUCUCAGAUAUUCAAGCCGAGUACUGGAGGGGCGAAAAGGCUGGCAGAAGAAACGGGUACGGAGCUAUUGGGUUGUGUACCACUGGAUCCAAGGAUCGGGAAAAGCGCAGAUUACGGUGUAAGCUUCCUGGACGAGUAUCCUGACAGUCCUGCGACGACGGCAUAUUUGGACAUCAUCGAUCGAAUAAAAGAAGUUCUGGGCGACUGAUCUUCUUCUUUACUGGGCUUUCUUGAUUCUUAUCUGUCUACUUCAGACAAUGGUGUAUCCUUAUUGCGCACUUCAUAUAUCAGGACCUGGGUAUAUCUGUAUCCUAUAAUCUACACCCACUUUUCCUACUGGUUUCGCUGCACAGUGAUGGAUUAGCCUCAACUUUUGACCCCGUCUGAUCUGAACAGGAUUCUGCAAUUUCUGCCGUGGUGUGUUCAUUUCUGACGGGACAUGU